UUACUUCACCGGCGUUUGAGUACCACGCGUAGUUCAUUGCUACUCACGUUAGCUAACUUGUGUAACGUUAGUUUGACAGGGGGAUCAGAGGAGUGUCCUGCUAACCGCUAGCUGGCUAGCCGCUACACAACAUAGCUAGCCAGUUAGUUGUCUGUUUCGUUAACUACUUCGGUCUGGCCCGUUUGCAUUCUGCUGUUUUUCAACUGGUAGCAACCUAUGCCAGCCCUGGAUGAGAUCUCGACCAGAGCCUUGAGCUUUAGAGCUUUUCUGCUUCCAUCACCUGACUCCUCUCAGUCCAUUUAACCAGCUGCAUAUCAAUAUUCUCAAACCAAUCUGGUGGCUACAGUAUGAUCAUUUACGCUGACUCCACCCGGCCCACUGGGAUAAGAAUCCCCCAAAACCAAGCUCUCCAAAUGAUAUGAUAGUAGUCGCCUGGAUUACUUUCUGUGCCUGCAGGAGCCUUGCACAGGUUCUGCUCUUCCUUUCCUCUGCAAACUCCCUUCCUCCAUUCUGGGAGACCCUUUCCAGUGUGGUCUCUGGCACUGGAAACAUGGGUAACAGCUGGUGCCGAGAGGAUAGUGACUUGGAAGACCAUAACCAUGGGUCGUCAAGGGCAACCCGAGGACAACCGAGGCGAGUGGAUCAUGGUACAGGCGUAGGUGUUGAAGCCGGAGAGGCUCGGAGCAGUCGACCCAGGGACCCGGUCAGGCCACCACGCAGAGGACGAGGGCCCCAUGAACCAAGACGGAAGAAGCAGAAUGUGGAUGGCCUGGUGCUGGACACACUGGCUGUUAUCAGGACACUUGUUGACAAUGACCAAGAGCCCCCUUACUCCAUGAUCACUUUGCAUGAGAUGGCAGAGACAGAUGAUGGCUGGCUGGAGGUUGUCCAGUCUCUGGUUCGAGUGAUCCCAUUGGACGAUCCGCUUGGCCCUGCAGUGAUCACCCUUCUAUUGGACGAAUGUCCCCUGCCCACCAAGGAUGCUCUUCAGAAACUCUCUGACAUGUUGAGUCUGAGUGCAGCUGUAGCACGACAGGAUGCUCUAUGCCCUGCUAAACACAGAAACACCACAGCUGUCCUGGGAUGCCUGGCAGAGAAACUGGCUGGUCCGGCCAGUAUUGGAUUGUUGAGUCCUGGAACCCUUGAGUACCUUCUGGAGAGCCUGAGCUCCGAGGCCCACCCUACUGUCAUGCUAUUUGCUCUCAUCGCUUUGGAGAAGUUCUCCCAGACCAGUGAGAACAAACUGACGGUGUCUGAGUCAUGUAUCAGCAAUCGACUCGCUGUCCUGGAGUCGUGGGCAGAGCAUCCUGACUACCUGAAGAGGCAGGUCGGAUUCUGCUCACAGUGGAGCCUUGACAACCUGUUCCUAAAGGAAGGUCGUCAGUUCACCUACGAGAAGGUCAACCUCGCCAGUAUCAAUGCCAUGCUCAACAGCAACGAUGUCAGCGAGUACCUCAAGAUCUCCCCUUCUGGACUCGAGGCACGAUGUGAUGCCUCAUCCUUUGAGAGCGUGCGUUGUACAUUCUGCGUGGAUACGGGCGUUUGGUACUACGAGGUGACUGUCAUCACAUCAGGCGUGAUGCAAAUCGGAUGGGCCACCAAGGACAGCAAGUUCCUCAACCAUGAAGGUUAUGGGAUAGGAGACGACGAAUACUCAUGUGCGUAUGAUGGCUGCAGGCAGCUCAUCUGGUACAACGCUCGCAGUAAACCUCACUCUCACCCCUGCUGGAAAGAGGGAGAUGCCAUCGGCUUCCUGUUGGACCUCAGCAAGAAGCAGAUGAUCUUCUAUCUGAAUGGACAUCAGCUUCCACCAGAGAAACAGGUCUUCUCCUCCGCCACGUCCGGUUUCUUUGCGGCAGCCAGCUUUAUGUCAUACCAGCAGUGUGAGUUUAACUUUGGGGCCAAGCCUUUCCGUCACCCACCUUCCGUCAAGUUCAGCACCUUCAACGACUUCGCUUCACUGCUGCCCAGUGAAAAGAUCAUCCUACCCAGACACCGGCGUCUGGCCUUACUAAAGCAGGUCAGCAUCAGAGACAACUGCUGCACGCUGUGUUGUGACGUCAUGGCUGACACGGAGCUGCGGCCCUGUGGACAUGGCGGUAUGUGUAUGGAAUGUGCCUUACAGUUAGAGACGUGCCCCCUGUGCCGCCAGGACAUCCAGAACCGCGUCAGACUCAUUGCACAUAUCUCCUGACACACUUCCAGCCACUCAUCCAAUAAGGAGAGACACACAAGCCCUACAGCUCCCUCCUCCUCCACUAAUCCCCUUUCACCCAACAGGGCUGAGAGGACGGCUCCACAAUGUUGCGAUAAUACCAUAACUGGGAGGACUUUUGGUAAAAGGAGGCGAUGGUGGAGAGAGGAAUUAGAAGAGGGGAAUUUGCCACAGCUGGAUCCCCAGUUUUCCCUCAUUUACCUACAUCCCCUCUUUUGUAUCCUUCUGACAACUCACCGCAGAAGCAACAAUCGUCAACUUUCUACUAACCGUGUGUUUUUCAGACAAAAGGAGCAGGAGCGAGGAGCAGAAACAAUUUAACCAGAUUACAAACAGAACCAACCUCUCAUCUGCAAGCCCCUGCGUAGCGUUAUCAGACAUCCUUUCUGUGAUAGGAGGAUCCCACUGCGCUUUCAGCCCAGAGCCUACUACUAUUUAAUCCCAUCACCAUCAUGCACACGUCUGCAGAUCUGAAAGGGCUGGGUGGCAGAAAAGAACACAGCCUUAAAUCCAGUUUAAAAACCAUGGUACAGAUAAAUUUGAGAGAGAUCUUUGAAUAUACAUAUGCUAGUUAUGAUGUUCUUAAGGUAGCAUUUUUAUUCUCUUUUCUCAAGGUUCUACCAACACCUAUCCUUUUGUCAGCUUCACUGUCUGUACUGAUUGAUCGCCCACUGCCAGAGUUUUCCAUUGGGGGGAAAAAAAGUCACCUUUGGGUAAAAUAUCAGAUUUUGGUCUUGGUGUCAAAAAGCUAGAAUUAGUCCUAGCGUUCAAUUUUUGAUUCGGUUUACAAAAUCAAAUCAGCUGUUACACAACAGAGAACGUUAAUGACAUAAUUCAUGUUUUAUAAUCAGUAAACCAACGAAAUGCUAAUUGAUUCUCAGCACAGCUGACCCUGCUGCUUUUUGUGCUUUAUCGUCUUUGCUCAGAUGUUGAUAUUUCCUCAGUCUUGGUCAUGUAUGUAACAACUGCAACAAAUUGUAACAGUUACUGCUUAGGCUGCUUGCACACACAUGCUGACAGCUAAUCUUUUUAAUUUGGAACCAAGUCCCCACCCCGCCCGCCAGUUAUAAGUGGAUAUGUUUGAAGAGCAAGUGAGGCACAAGUGUACAAUUUGAAUUUCCACUGUCUGGAUUUAUUGGUUAUUGUUUGAUUGGUGCUAAGAAUUUGGCAACAACUUGUGAUGCAGCUCCACUGUGAGUCAGACUCAUUUGAGGGGCAGCAAAUAAAGUAAAUGUCUUAAUUUUUGUUUGUGAUGACAAACACGUGCGUCUGUAUUCAAUCCACAAGAUGUAAUUUAAUUUUGUGUUGUAAAUGAUGGUGAACACAGAUGUAGAAACGUGGUUGAGAGGUACAACAUGUUUUGUUGAUUGACAGUGUUGUUUUGACCGAUAAAUUGUUUAAAUCAAUGUUUUUUCCUUUUUAUCAGUAUAUUACUUAAUAUCCCAGCGUCAUUUUGAAGAUGUUGUCUUUUUUUGGUCUGAUUUGGUGGUGAAAUACUUGACAUAAAUGAGAAAAGAAACUACCCACAGCACAGUGACAUGUCUUAAAGAGUGUGUGCUUCACUACAGAAGAAAACAUGAAUUUAUACUUUACUUGGUACAAAUCACAGCACUCUUGGUGGGAUUUCUUGCUUAUAGGACUGAUCUUGUCAAAACAAGUUUGUCAGGAAGUGUAUCUUCAGACUUGAGUAUAAUGUGGUUUCCCCUCUUUGUGCUUUAUAUAACAGCACAUCUCGCUGCUCUCAUCUUGCCGUUUCUCCGUCUGUCUCCCACUGUCUCUUUCUGUCCGUCCUUUACUUGAAGUCUCUCUGGGUUGAUUUAUAUUUAUAUUUGGAAACACGUGACGAAACGAACAUGAGAGAGAUUGUGAUUCAGGACAAAUUCUAAUAGUACAUUUAAAAAAAAAUCAAUGACAUUUCAAAUGGUCACACUGAAUAAUUUCAAAUUUAUUUUGGUCAUUGUUUAUGAAAGAUUUACUACACAAGAUUGCAUGGACGGGAUCUGUAAAAUCAUUCAGACUAUACUGGAAUGAUUUCUAAAAGAUUACAUGCAUCUCUCAUUGUGACAAAAGACUAGUCUGGUCACUGUUUACUAGCUCGUAUUUCCUGGAGCACCUUAUACCUACAGGGGAGAUAAAUUAUACAGUUGUCUCUAUGGUUGGAGAUGAAGUUCAGGAUUGUAAAGAAUAAAUUGUGAGCUGUAUUUAAAACAUCUAUAAAGGAAUUUUCCCCCAGAGUUCCCAAAGAUGUGAUAGAUUGAAGAACUGUUGUUUCUUGGAUUGUGAUAUUUGUAAUAAAUGUAUGUUCAUGUGA